AUGUGGAACGAACCAGCUGCCAACACCGACGGAUCCGCACCAGCGGAGACACCGGAGCAGCCGGAGCCGGCGUACGAGUCGAAACAAGAUGAACCGUCAGGGCUGGACCCGCGCGCCGCCGACCCGCGAACGCUUGAGGCACCCGCGCCCGCGGCCGACGAGGAGGACCUGGUCGCGUCCCUGCCGGCGGACUUCGCGGCCUUCUCGCUCACCCAGACCCACCCGCGGUCCGGCGACGCCAAGGCGGAGCCCUUCGAGCAGCAGCGGCAGCAAGGGUCCCGCGUCCGUCGCGUUUACGAAAAAAGAGUGUAAGUCUACGCACCCAGGUACAAGACGCGCAUCUGCAUCUACGGCGAUAAGUGCCCCUACGGCCCGGGCCGCUGCUUCUUCGCCCACGACGAGUCCGAAUUGAGGCCGCCGCAGGCGCGCUGGUGGCUCCCUGAAUACAAGACGAAGCCCUGCCGCUACGCCGCCUCGGAGUGCCCCUUUUAUGCGGACGGCCGCUGCCAGUACGCGCACACGGUCCGCGGGCCGGCGUCCCGCCUUCGCGAGUCUCGUGUGUGUGACGACGCGUCCCGCCGAGAGCGCCGCCGUCGCCCCCGCGCGCGACGACGCGUCGUGCCGAUGAUGUGGACGCACUCGACGCCAUAGACGCGGCGACGACGCGUCGCGCCGAUGGCGCGGGACCCGCUCGACGCCACCGACGCAGGUCGAGGAGCUCCAGUACUUGCGGCCGCCGCCGGCGAAGACGCAGGACAAGAAGUACAAGACGCGCAUGUGCCGCUACGGCGCGGGCACGUGCCCCUACGGCGUGAGCUGCUCCUACGCGCACAGCGCCGUAGUCUUCCGCGCGGAAAAAUCAACUCUUCGCGUCGGCGGCGCGAAAGCGGGUCGGUCCGCGCGCAGGAGGAGCUCCGGCCGCGCGAGCCCGACGAGCCGCCGGGCGAGCCGACCGACGUCGUGAGCCGGCUCGAGCAGCUCCGCGCCCUCCGCGACAGCGGCAGCCUCUCGGCGGCCGAGUUCGAGGUGCUCAAGCAGCAGGUCCUGCGCGAGCCGGGUUCGUUCGCGGCCCAGGCCCCGGUGCUGCUGGCGCCGACGGCGCCGCCACCGCCGCGGCGCCUGUCGCCGCCGCCGCCGGACGCCUACAUGCUGCCCGCGAUGGCGAUGCCGCCGCGCGCGGUGCCGCGACCGCCGGCGUACGCCCCGCGGCCGCCGUACGCCGUGGUGCCGGGGCCGCCACGCGGGUACGGCGUUCCACAGCUUGUACCUCGAGGCUACGGCGCGCCGCCGCCACCGUACGCGUCGGUCCCGCGGCCCCCGCGGCCGCCGGAUCCUAGGUACGGGCCGCCGAGAUACGCGCACGGCGCGCCGCCGCCGGGCCCCGGGACGUAUCCCACACAGCCGCGGCCGCGGCCGCCGUAUGACCCCCGCGCGCCGCCGAGGCCUCCUCUCUGA